UUGUUCGACCUCUUCGGCCAGAAGACCAAGAAGCAAUUCAUCUUCAACGCCCGGAAGAUCAUGAAAAGAGGCCGCGAGCUCUUCGAGGGCAAGCCGUACAGGAUGUUCACCGACGUCGGCGACCUCGUCGUCCUCCCGUCCAAGUACAUCGACGACAUCCGGAACGAGCCGGGGCUGAGCUUCCUGGAGUUCUUCGUCGCCAACUUCCAUCCCCAGAUACCCGGGUUCGAGGGCUUCGCGUUCGACGGUCGCCCGGACGAGCUCCUCCAGAGAACCAUCCAUAAGAGACUCACAAAACUUCUCAACCAGAUCACUGCGCCCCUGGCGGCGGAGGCGAACUUUGCAACGAAUCUCAUUCUGGGGAAAUCAAGCGCAUGGCGCGAAGUGUCCCUAAAAGACACAAUUCUAGACCUCGUCGCCCGCCUAUCCUCGCGCGUCUUCCUCGGCGAAGAACUCUGCCGGAACCCCGACUGGCUCGCCAUCUCCAAAUCAUACAGCGUCAACACCUUUCUCGCGGGAGACCUCCUCCGUCAGUACCCAAGCUGGCUUCGCCCCGUCGCAUGCCGCUUCGUCCCCGAGUGCAAACUCCUCAGGAAGCAAGUCGCGGACGCGCGGCAGGUCAUGGGCCCCGUGCUACAAAAACGGCGCGAGGACCGCCGCGCGGCCGAGGUCAACGGCGAAGCUCGACCGUCGUACAACGACACGAUCCAAUGGAUCGAAGACGAGAGCCAGGGGAGCCCGUACGACCCCGUCGGCGCCCAGCUGGGGUUCGCCGUCGUCGCGAUCAACACCACGACGGACCUGGCGACGGAGACGAUGCUCCGGCUGAUAAAACGGCCGCAGCUGCUAAAGGAUGUGCGCGACGAGAUCGAGAAGGUGCUGCUCGGCCACGGCUGGACGAAGAUGGCGCUGUUCCAGAUGAAGCUGCUCGACAGCGUCAUCAAGGAAGCGCAGAGACUGAAGCCGCUGACCUCUGCCACCAUGAACAGGACAGCCACGCGGCGCGUGACGCUCCCCGGGGGCCUCGUCCUCGAAAAGGGCGACCGCUGCAUGGCGGACCUCGGCUCCAUGGUCGACCCGCGGAUCUACGAGGACCCGGACGUCUUCGACGGGUACCGGUUCCUGCGGAUGCGGGAGGACGCGGGGCUCGAGAGCAAGGCGCAUCUGGUCAGCACGUCGUCGAUCCACCUGGGCUUCGGCCACGGCCGGCACGCGUGUCCGGGCAGGUUCUUUGCUUCGAACGAGGUCAAGCUUCUGCUGUGUCACUUGUUGUACAAGUAUGACUGGCAGUUUGAUGGUGUGUAUGAGCAUGAGGCUGUUGAGUUUGGGCUGGGUCUGUCUUCCGGGGAUGGUGUGAAGGUAUUGUGUAGGAGGCGGGAGGAUGUUGGAGUUGAUAUUGAUGCGCUUUGA